AUGACUGGGGGAUUCGUACUUGCAGGGAAUCACUUGUCUGGUAAGGUUCCUGCUUCAAUCUAUAACAUAUCUUCCAUAUACGUUUUCAGUGUUGUUGGAAACCAGCUGCAGGGAGAGCUACCACCAAGUGUUGGAAUUACUCUUCCCAAUCUUGAACUAUUUCUCGGUGGUCGCAACAGAUUCACAGGAAAUAUUCCUGCCUCGUUGUCAAAUUCUUCUAGACUUCGGAGUAUUGAUUUUGGUCAAAAUGGUCUCACUGGAACUAUUCCUGCUGAAAGUCUUGGAAGCUUGCGAAGCUUAAUUAGGCUAAACUUUCGUCGUAAUAGAUUGGGAAAUGGGAAAACUGGUGACCUGAAUUUCCUCAGCUUCUUGGCUAAUUGUACUAGUCUGGAGGUGUUGGGUCUUUCCAGAAAUCAAUUUGGCGGUGAGCUGCCAGGAUCUAUAGCCAACCUUUCAACCCAACUCAAACAUCUUACAAUAGGGGGCAAUCUGAUACAUGGAAGCAUCCCUACCGACAUUGGAAAUCUCUUAAGCUUGAACACUCUGGAAGUGGAACAUAACUAUUUGGGUGGGAGUGUCCCUGAUGGAAUUGGGAAGCUUCAGAAAUUAGGGAGACUGGUUUUGAAUGUUAACAACUUUUCUGGGCCAAUCCCGUCCUCCCUAGGUAACUUGACUUCAUUGACACAGCUCUUGAUGUAGGAUAAUAGGUUUGG